CAAAUGCGGCCCAGUACUUUACUAUGCCUUGGAUCGGUCGCUAUUGGUGAACUAUAGAUGUAAAAGCAUAAGUUGCUAAAUUUUGAAGUGCCUUUAUAACUUAUAGAUUGAAGACCAACUGUAAAAUCCGUUGUUUGCAGGUUUUCGUGGAUGGUGGUCGAAAAUUUGGAACAAAAAGUUGUCCCACCGCAGCAUCUAAAAGAGCGGGUUUUCCACUUCAGCCGCGAGAAGCUGGCGGCGCUGAAAGCGCAAGCCAAUGCCGAAGCCGGCGGCGGCAGCCAGAUCUCGUCUCUGCAAUCCCUAAUUUCCCACAUUUGGAGAGCAGUGUUCCGAAAUCGGAGCAACUACAAUCCCGAUCCAGAUCGAGAUCUGAAAUUCCUCCUAUUCUUCGGAUUUCGAUCGCGGCUCCAGCCCAGAGUUCUGGAGGACUACUUUGGGAACGCGAUUGUGAGCCAAUCGGUCGUAUUGAAGGAGGGCGAAUUGCUGGUGGCGGAGAAGGGGCUGGGGCGCGUGGCGGCGGCGAUCAACAGAGUGGUGGCGGAGCAGACGGACGAGAAGCUGAAGGAAGCGAUGGAGUCUUGGAUCGGGAACCCCAAGUUCCUAAAAAUGGGGGAAUUAGAAGAGGGAAUGAUGCUGCUGGGUAGCUCCCCGAGGUACGACGUCUACGGGAACGAUUUCGGUUGGGGGAAGCCGGUCGCGGUGCGGAGCGGGGCCGGCAACAAAUUCGACGGCAAGGUUACGGUGUAUCCCGGAGUGGAGGCGGGAAGCAUGGACGUGGAGAUUUGCUUGUUGCCGGAGACGGCGGAGAGAUUGGGAAGGGAUCUGGAGUUUAUGGCUGCAGUCGGCGUCUGAAGCACUGUGUUUACAUUUUUUUUCCCCUGGUUGGUUUUGGUUUUGCUGAUUGAAAAAUUGUUUGCGGUUUUGUUGCUUCUGAUGAAUAAACGAGGAAGUCUGUUUUUUCAACUAGGAUCAGAUUUUUCGUGCCCUCUAAGGAGCAUAAUUAUAAUCGGAUUAUCCAUUUUGUGGCAAAAACGUGUAAUCAAUUUUAUGUAUAAAAGUUUACGGGUUAAUUGCAUGGUUGGUCAGAGGGGGAAGCCCGCAGAUUUGUCUUCGAAUCUGCGAUUCUCGAAUUCCAAUCCGCAAAACCUAAACCCCAUCGUCCCUUCUUCUUCUUCUUCUUCUUCUUCUUCUUCUCCCUCUCUCUCUCUGCACCCAGGCCGAAACAAAUUUGCUUCGAUCGUCGGAGGCCGUGGUUUUUGCAUUUCCCGUUUCCGAGAUUCGGUUUGCUAGCUGAUCUUCCGGCGAGUUCCGCGGCGGCGUUUCUUUUCUCGAUUCCUAAGUGAAAAAGGGUUUCCAGAUCACCGAAUUCAUUGCAGAUUCGUUUUUUUGUUCGUUCAUAUUUUUGUUUGUUUUGAGCUUGGUGUCUCGCGUCUGAUUUUUACUCUUAGAUUCUGAAUUUCUGGCCUAUGCAUUGAAAAUGUCAUCGUAAACCAUGGAUUCAAUUUGCUUUUUCUUGGUUUGGUCAAGUUUAAUUGAUCGUAUACCUUGUUGUUUUAAUUCAAUUUGCUUUUUACCUGAGGUCCAUUUACUGGCGAAGCAACUUCAUCAACCGGUUCAAGCAUGAGCUGAAGCUGCAGAGGCUCGAGUCGUUGUUGCGCAGCAGAGAGUUACCCGACGACUGGCUUUGUUCGGCCGAUCCUGCAUUCAAUGCCCCUCCGUUAAAAAUUAAAACUCCAUUUAUUGGAGGUAUUCGUCCGUUUCGGACGAUAAAAGCUUUAUUAUGAGCUUUUAAAUCAUCAUUCAUUUGAUGUUAUUAGGGAAAUAAUUCCCUAUUCAUGUGGGUCAGCUCAAUUAUUUUCUUUGUUGACCUUUUGAUUGGAAGCUAUCAGCAUCUAAUUUAUUUGAUGGUAUUAGGUGCCCUACAACGGCUCUAAUGGGGAUAGAGUUUUACUCGACAAUGGCAGGUUUCGUUAAUAGUAAUUAUAGGCCUUCAAUGUGUGCUUUAUUGGCAUUUAAUGGGUUUGACUAACCAAUGGGACACACGCAAGUUUGAUCUUUUACAUAUAAAUAAAUGGGAUUUUGAAGUGGGGUGGAUAUUUGGUCUUCCAAAUUGGUUUAAUUGAGAUUAUCUUAAUUAUUUGGAAAAAGACUUGGAAUAUCCAAGUCCCGCCUAAGUUUAAAUUUUUCAUAUGGCAAUGCCUCAAAGUCAUACUUCCCACAGUAGUGCCCCUUCAAUCUCGUGGAGUCAACUGUCUCAACGGAUGCCCUGUCUGCUGGAGACAUCGAGAAAGCAUUGAACAUUUAUUAUUCAGAUGUCCCCUAGCCACCAGAUUGUGGACUUUAGUGGGAUUGAGCAACUUUAUUGAGACCGCACAGACUGUUAACGUUAGUCUACGGUGGCGACAUGUCAUGGUCUCUGAGACCUCCCAAUUCCACAUUCUCCAAUGCGUCUGUUUACUUUGGAGAAUCUGGAAGUCUAGAAUUAAAGUGACCUUCGAAUU